AUGAAGAACGCGUGGAAGUGUUGCCACAACGAGGCCGACAUGAAGAACGCGUGGAAGUGUUCCCACAACGAGGCCGACAUGAAGACGCUAAAUGAGACGUUCAGGUUAAGACUGUAG